AACAACAACAACAACAACAACAAACAAUUUGCUCAGUGUCUUUGGGAUUUUUCAACAGCUUGUCAAAAUGGCUUUGUUUAGUCAACUGAGUGAAUUCUACGUGGCGGCAGUUCUAAAAGAAAGCCGCCUGGAUGCGUUUUUGCUUUGAUAGGCUGUGUUUCGCAACCAAGCGACCAGCCAACAAUCCACAAAGCACAAAUGAGCCGUGUAGCAGCAAUAAUAUUAACAGUCACUGCAACAGCAGCCCCACAGCAACCACAAAUGCACCCACAGCAAGCACAAGUACACUACCACCACCACCACCACCACACGUUACAGUUUAUGCCGAAUAUCAAAAAUUGCAACCGGCGAUAAUCAGACGAGACGACACUGAGGCCAAGCCACCAGACAUAAUUCUAGCAGAGAGCAAACUAGAACAAACAGAGAUAGAGAGAGCCAUAGAAUCGCCAACGGAAUCGGAAUCGAAACAAAAAUUAGAAGAAGGAGAUAGAGGAAAAGAAAGAGAAAGAGAAGACGAGCACCAUCAACCCCAAUCUCACUCUCAUUUCCAUUUCCAUUCGCAUCCAUUGCCUUUAGCCGUAUUGCGUCGAUUUCGUCGUCACAGCAGCGCCGAAGAUCGACAACGAACGUAUUCGAAUUCGAGUUCGAAAUUAAAUACGUAUACGAACUUGCGAAAAGCGAUCAGCAUGCAGCAGGAACCGAAUGCCAACUAUCAGUUUCAGCCCGACCUCGGUCUGGUGAACAUCGUCAAUAAUAAUAAUAAUAAUAAUUUUGGACAACACAACAAUAGUAAUUUUAACAACAACAAUAAUAACAACAACAACGGUGGCUACGUAACGCUACCAGCAGCCAAUUCCAUUGGACUGCUUGGAUUGGAGCAUACGGCAGCGGGCUUAAGAUUAAUUCCUGCCCAGGCGCCACCUUGCCACUCGGAUGUGUUGACACACACAUUAAUCUACGGCACACCGCCAUCGGGUACACCACAGCAAUUGCACACGGAUCCACGCAGUCUGUUGCAUCAACAGGAGUUGCAACUGCAACAGCGAUAUCAGCAAUUGCAACAGUUGCAGGCACAAACACAGGGUGUCUACACGGCAUCAGGGAGUCCCGUUCCCGUGUUGUAUCAACCAGCGCAGCUUAGUCAACCGGUCGCCAUACCUGGCGCCUGUCAUUCACCCACCUCACAGCAACAGCAACAGUUGCUACUGCCACCACAACAUCAACAACAGCCGCCGAAUUCUUUGGCUUUAUCACAACAAAUGCAGGGAUUACGCAUUUCAGGCUGCACGGGGCCGGGCAGCAGCUCGGCAACGCCCUCGCCGGUGGGCAUGGUCGAUCCCACGCUUAUGAUGAGCAACAAUACUUAUGUGGCAGCAACGCAACAGGAGGAGCGCUUUAUCCAAAUCAUUCAGGCCAAGGAGCUCAAGAUACAGGAAAUGCAACGAGCUCUUCAAUUCAAGGAUAAUGAAAUUGCCGAACUGCGAUCACAUUUGGAUAAAUUUCAGAGCGUAUUUCCCUUCAGUAGGAGUAGUGCUGCAGGUUCCGGUUCCGCUUCAACGAGCACCGGGAAUGGAGCUGCAGGUGGUCCGAAUAGUGCAACGGGUGCCACUCGUAAAUCGGGACAAACGUUUCAACGGCAACGUGCUCAGGGCAUCUCCGCAGAGCCUCAAAGUGAAUCCUCUGUGCUUCUCGAGAAUGUCAGCUUCUCCAAAUACGAAAAGGAUGAACGCUCCCGUGAACUUAUCAAAGCGGCCAUUUUGGAUAAUGAUUUCAUGAAGAACUUGGACUUGGCACAAAUACGUGAAAUAGUCGACUGCAUGUACCCUGUUAAAUAUCCAGCCAAGAAUCUGAUUAUCAAAGAGGGAGAUGUUGGCAGCAUCGUUUAUGUUAUGGAAGAUGGACGAGUGGAGGUUUCACGCGAAGGUAAAUAUCUGUCAACGCUUUCGGGGGCGAAAGUUCUUGGCGAAUUGGCGAUACUCUACAAUUGUCAGCGCACGGCGACGAUCACCGCGAUCAGCGAAUGCAAUUUGUGGGCGAUUGAACGUCAAUGUUUCCAGACGAUUAUGAUGCGAACUGGACUCAUUCGUCAGGCGGAAUAUACGGACUUCCUCAAGAGUGUACCCAUAUUCAAGGACUUGCCAGAAGAUACACUUAUCAAAAUCUCCGAUGUGCUGGAGGAGACGCAUUAUCAACGUGGGGAUUACAUUGUGCGACAAGGAGCACGUGGCGACACCUUCUUUAUCAUAUCCAAAGGCAAGGUGCGUGUGACGAUCAAGCAACAGGAUACGCAGGAGGAGAAAUUCAUUCGUAUGCUGGGCAAGGGUGACUUUUUCGGCGAGAAGGCCUUGCAGGGUGAUGAUCUGCGCACUGCGAAUAUCAUUUGUGAGUCUCCUGAGGGUGUCAGCUGUUUGGUCAUCGAUCGCGAGACCUUCAAUCAGCUGAUCUCAAGUCUGGACGAGAUCAAGCAUCGCUAUGACGAUGAUGCAAUUGAGCGCACAAAGAUCAACGAGGAAUUCCGGGACAUCAAACUGACAGAUCUGCGUGUUAUUGCCACACUGGGCGUGGGCGGCUUUGGGCGUGUUGAGCUAGUGCAAACCAAUGGAGAUAGCUCACGAUCCUUUGCUCUCAAGCAGAUGAAGAAAUCACAGAUUGUGGAGACACGACAGCAACAGCACAUAAUGUCCGAAAAGGAAAUUAUGGGCGAGGCCAAUUGUCAGUUUAUUGUCAAGCUAUUCAAGACGUUUAAGGAUAAGAAAUAUCUUUACAUGCUGAUGGAGAGUUGUUUGGGUGGAGAGCUCUGGACAAUAUUACGGGAUAAGGGCAACUUUGAUGAUGCCACCACAAGAUUCUACACAGCUUGCGUUGUGGAGGCCUUUGAUUAUCUACACUCGCGCAAUAUUAUCUACAGGGAUUUGAAACCCGAGAAUCUACUGCUCGACGAGAAGGGUUAUGUGAAGCUAGUGGACUUUGGUUUCGCCAAGAAACUGCAAUCGGGUAGGAAGACAUGGACAUUCUGCGGCACACCAGAGUAUGUGGCACCCGAGGUGAUAUUGAAUCGUGGCCAUGACAUCAGUGCCGACUAUUGGUCGCUGGGCGUGCUCAUGUUUGAGCUGCUUACAGGCACACCUCCGUUCACAGGCUCGGAUCCAAUGCGUACCUAUAAUAUAAUACUUAAGGUCGAUGCCAUCGAAUUUCCUCGUAAUAUAACACGUAAUGCCAGCAAUUUGAUUAAGAAACUCUGUCGCGAUAAUCCCGCCGAACGCUUGGGAUAUCAACGAGGCGGCAUAAGCGAAAUACAGAAGCACAAAUGGUUCGAUGGAUUUUAUUGGUGGGGUUUGCAGAAUCGCACGUUGGAGCCACCGAUAAAACCCGCGGUGAAGAGCGUUGUGGAUACGACAAACUUUGAUGAUUAUCCGCCAGAUCCAGAGGGACCGCCACCAGAUGAUGUUAGCGGAUGGGAUAAGGAUUUUUAGUGUAGAAUUAUGGAAAAGAUUUGACACUGCUCUCUAGCUGCAACUUGAAUGGAAGAUGUUGAUGGUUUUGAGGAUUUUUAAAGAUUCUUAACUAGUGCGCCAUUUUGUACGCCAAAGCAAUAGUCAGGGUCUGGCUUAAAAAUUGUAGAAGAAGCUGUAGAUGAGAUGACCCCCCGCAAUGUAGCAGUCGCAAUGGCUACGGUUCUUUUUAGUUAAGCCCAUAUCAUAAAAGAAAUGAAAAGAACAGCUCAAGAAUGCAGAAUAUUGUCUCAGAUCUGAUGAUAACAUGUGCAACAUAAUGAAUUUAUUAACGAGUUUAUGUUUAUAACUAUAACUGUAACUAUAUAUUACUAUUAUUAUGUAAAGUUUGAGAAAUACUUUCUAGUUGAUUGGAAAAUUGAUAUAAAUUGUAAGUAGGCUCGUCUGGCAAUGAGGCAAACGCGUUGCAGCUCUGUUCUCUUCCAUGUGUAAAUUGUUUUCUAACUAUGUAAAAUUACAAUAAUAAUUGUUAAUGUACCAAGUGCAAACAUACACAACCACACACACCCCAUAUACAACACACACGCAUACACACACACACACACACACACACCCCAUAUACAACACACACGCAUACACACACACACACACACACAUAAAUCGGGUUGCCUUAUAGUUUUUAAGCUGAUUUUUAUGCAAUUAUAUGACCAAGACCCUCAUGUCCAUAACAUUUGUUCUCCCUACUCGUACUCUUUUUUACACUGUCAUCAUGUUAAUGUGGAUCUACUAUAAUUAUCCCUUUGUCAUUAGCAUAAGCCAUCAUUUUCUAUAUUAUAUGAAUAUGUAAAUGAAUAAAUAAACGCCUUUUUAAUUGUCUAUUAUAAGUAAACUGAGAUAGAAAUUAAACAAAUAACAAAUUUAUGCGCCU